AUGGAUCCUGCCGCUAUCAAUGAAUUAUUAUACGCCAGUUCAGACGAUGAAAGUUUUAUUGAGUAUGACGAUAGUUCCGAUGAAUAUUUUCCUGGUGAUACCGAAGAGCGCGAAGUAAGUGAUGACUCAAAUUGUUCUAGUGAUAGCGAAGAUUAUAAUAUAAGUGAUGAUUGGGAAACAAAUCAUAUAAUUAACAAUAUUCGUACCAAGUACUAUCCGAACGAAAAUUUAUCCUUAGACGAAUCUAUGUUGUUAUGGAGGGGCAGACUAAGUUUUCGUCAAUAUAUACCAAGCAAAGCUCAUAAAUAUGGUAUAAAGUUUUAUGAACUGUGUACAAAAGAUGGGUUUAUAUUGGAUAUUUUGAUAUAUAAAGGCAAAGGUACAGUUGAAGACAGUAGAGGUGUAACAUUUGGAAUUGUUGCUAAGCUUAUGGAGCCAUACUUAGGAAAAGGUCAUACAGUAUAUAUGGACAACUUUUACAAUAGUGUACCUUUAGCUCAAUUUUUAUUUGAAAAUCAAACUAAGGUUGUUGGUACAUUGAGAAAAAACAGAAAAGAUAAUCCCAAAGAUACUUUGAAUGCUAAAUUGGGCAAAGGUGAAGUAGCUCAUGUCCAGAAAGGCAAUAUACACGUAAUUAAGUAUAAUGAUAAAAGAGAUGUGUGCAUGAUUUCUACCAAACAGAAACUGGACUUUGUAGAAUUCACAGACAGAUUUGGACGGAAAAAAAUGAAACCUAAUAUUAUUGUUGAUUACAAUAAUAAUAUGUCUGGUAUUGACAGGGCUGAUCAAAUGAUCAGCUACUAUCCUACACCUAGAAAAUGUUUACGAUGGUAUAUAAAAGUUUUUUUUCACCUCAUGGAUAUGUGCUUAUGGAAUGGAAAUCUAUUGUAUAAUAAGCACGUUAAAAAUAUGGCUCACUUAGAAUUUAGAAAAUGUGUUGCAAGUUGUCUUAUUGGUAUUUCAUACAAUCAACGAGUAGUUCAUAAUAAACCAUCACAAAAAACGCAUAAUCUUAUGAAAGUAAAUAUUAGAAAAAGAUGUAGAGUUUGUCAUCAGAAUAAACUGCGAAAAAAUACUGCUUUUGUUUGUGAUACAUGCAAGGAUGAUAAAGGGAAUACAAUCGGUUUAUGUCCUGAUCCUUGUUUUAAAAUUUAUCAUUUAUAA